AGCAGCACGCUUCCCGUGAUUGGAGGAGCAAAAAGAAAUCACAGUUCACACUUGACUGUAGAUUGUGAAACCCUCCCAAUCUACUUCUCUCUCUAGAACUCCCACACACACUCUCCCUCUCACCACUUCAUUUGAGCUAAAAAGCCCGAUCCUUUAUCUUAAGACAGAGGAAUUCAAUCACCCCAAUCCAAACACCUCUUAAGUCUCAACCAUGGCAAUGGCGAUCAUGCAAAUGCAAAAUCUCCUCCUUCUCUUACUCGCCAUUUCCAUGGCGGUAGUGGAGGCGAAGCCCAGAGGGAGUGGAGCAAGAGCGGCAUCUCCGAGGCUGUACACUAACUACUACCGAAAAUCGUGUCCGAGAUUCGAGCAGAUCGUGCAGGACACCGUCACCAACAAGCAGAUCGCGAGCCCAACCACCGCCGCCGCCACAAUCCGGCUCUUCUUACACGACUGCCUCCUCAACGGCUGCGACGCCUCCACGCUCCUCUCCUCCACCCCCUUCAACAAGGCAGAGCGCGACGCCGACAUCAACCUCUCCCUCCCCGGCGAUGCCUUCGACGUCGUCGUCCGCGCUAAGACCGCCAUCGAGCUCGCCUGCCCCAACACCGUCUCCUGCGCCGACAUUCUCGCCGUCGCUACACGCGACCUCCUCACCAUGGUCGGCGGUCCCUUCUACACAGUCCCCCUCGGCCGCAAAGACUCCCGCGUCUCCCGCGCCUCAGAUGUCGACGGCAAUCUCCCCAAACCGACAAUGCCGAUCUCCGAAAUCACCCGAAUCUUCGCCCAACGCGGCUUCUCCGUCCAGGAAAUGGUCGCCCUAUGCGGUGCCCACACCGUCGGAUUCUCCCAUUGCAAGGAAUUCAGCGAUGGGAUCUACAAUUACAGCAAAUCUUCCCAGUGCGAUCCCCAAUACAAUCCUAGAUUCGCCGCCGGAUUGCGGAAAGCUUGCGCUGAUUACCACAACAACCCGACAUUGUCCGUCUUCAACGACAUCAUGACUCCCAACAAGUUCGACAACAUGUACUUCCAAAACCUAGCGAAAGGAUUAGGGCUUCUGAAAUCGGAUCACACUCUGAACAGCGAUCCGGCGACGAAGCCGUUCGUCGACCUGUACGCCAGGGACGAAAACAGGUUCUUUACGGAUUUUGCUCUGGCGAUGCAGAAGCUCAGCGUCUAUGGAGUCAAGACCGGAAGAGCUGGAGAGAUUAGACGAAGGUGUGAUCAGAUUAAUUAAGCUUAAUCACUUGAAUUAAUCUUAAUUAAUGACGUUAUUGUCGUUGUCCUUGUUGUUUAUUGAGUGGUGGUUGAUUGGUUGAGGGCAAUUUUCUCUUCAAGUCUUCUUCUUUCUUGGUUCUGUGGUGAUUAAUAUUUGUUCUGUAUACAUGUUUUGUUGUAUCAACCGGAUAUUUACUGAACUUAAAAAAGAUAUACUUAUUUAUUUUCUUCUCUGUUUUCUUCAAA